CCCCCGGCCAUGACGCUCAGCGCCGAGAUGUCGGAGGCCGCCUCCGUGGCGCUGGCCGAAGACCCGGACAUCGACGUGGUGGGCGAGGGAGACGGCGAAGGGGACGACGAGGAGGACGACGAGGAGGACGAGGACGCGGAGAGCCUCCAGCGGCGCUUCCCCGGGGGCGAGGAGGACGACGAGGAGGACCCGGAGGAGGAGGAGGCCAGGUCCCCCAGGGCGGGCGCGCCAGGCUCCGGCUGCUCGGGCUCGCCCUCUUCUUCUUCUUCGUCUUCGGCGUCUCCGUGCCCGGCGUCGGUGUCGUCGGGGGUGGGCGUGGGCGUGCGCGGGGGCAAGAGCAGCCUGGUGAAGCCGCCCUACUCGUACAUCGCGCUGAUCACGAUGGCCAUCCUGCAGAGCGCCAAGAAGCGGCUGACGCUGAGCGAGAUCUGCGAGUUCAUCAGCGGCCGCUUCCCCUACUACCGGGAGAAGUUCCCCGCCUGGCAGAACUCCAUCCGCCACAACCUCUCGCUCAACGACUGCUUCGUCAAGAUCCCCCGCGAGCCCGGCAACCCCGGCAAGGGCAACUACUGGACCCUCGACCCGGAGUCCGCCGACAUGUUCGACAACGGCUCCUUCCUCCGGCGCAGGAAGCGCUUCAAGCGGCAGCCCCUCCUCCCCCCGCCGCCCCCCGCCGACCUCCUCCUCCGACGCGCCCUCCCCGACGCCCCCGGCGCCGCCGCCGCCUUCCUGCCCGCCGCCCCGCCGCCGCCCCCCUACGCCUACGGGACCCCCUACGCCUGCCCCGCCGCUGCCGCCGCCGCCUUCGGCCUCCCGCUGCAGCCCUACGCGCCCCCCGCGCCUCUCUUCGCCUUCCAGCAGCAGCAGCACCACCAAGCCCGCCGGGGCCCCGCCGCCCUCCUGCCCGCCCCCUCGGACCUCAGCAGGACCGCCGCCGCCGCCGCCCGCUUCGCCUACCCACCCCAGCUGGGCGCCUCGGUGCACAAGAGCAGCGGCCCCCAGGCCCCCGGCCCGGCCCUGGCCCGCUCGCCCUUCUCCAUCGAGAGCAUCAUCGGGCGCAGCCUCAGCCCCGCCGCCGCCGCCGCCACCAGCUGCGCCUCCCAGUCCGCCGCCGCCGUCCUGCCAGUCCUGGCCCGGUCCCUCCUGGCCUCUGCCUCGCCUGCCCCCGCCGCUGCCACCUCUGCCGCCGCCCUGCACCACCACGCCGCAGCCGCCGCCGCCCUGGCCGCCGGAGAGAACUUCGCCGCUCGCAUCUCCAACUGCUGA